UUUCCUAAAUUUCAGGUCAUAAUUGUGAAUAUGGACGGGAUUUGGACAUUAUUGGUGGUCUAUGCAGACAUUUAUAUUUGCUCACAAGUUGAAAGCAAAAUGAAAACAUCAUCAUGUGCUUCAUAAUGUUGAUGGGAGUAUUAAUUCAGCAUCUUCUUCUGUCCAUCUAUAAAACAAUAGAUCAUUUUAUUUUCUCCCACUUUCUCCCUAACCAUUCCUUGACCAGUGUCUUUGGCGAGAAGCAUGGGAUCACUGAAAACAAACCCUGUCCCCUACACAUGUGCAAAAUGCAUCUAGGUUGCAGUAGGGACAAAAAACCCAAAAAGCAGAAUCUGUUUAUUGUUUUGAGCAGGAGUCAAAAUUCACACUUCCACUCUUGUAGCUGAACUUUCCCAGACACAGGGGAGGAGAGGGAGAGCUACUGAGACCAGGUCCCUGUCAGGGAGUGUGUGUGUGUGUGUGUGUGUGUGUGUGUGUGUGUGUGUGUGUGUGUGUGUGUGUGUGUGUGUGUGUGUGUGUGUGUGUGUGUGUGUGUGUGUGUAUCUGUUCAGGGGCCUCUGCUUUAGACAGUGAUGGUUUGUGAGAAUCUGCGGAGGUGUCACUUCACACCUCUGUGGCCUGGCCCCGGACUUAUAAACCAGUGCAGCAGAGCUGAGCAGCACUCACAGCUUCCCAGUCUCUCCAGUCAGACCACUGAGUACCUCUACACAACAUGGAUACCUCCUCUGUGCCUCUGCUCAACUACAGCCUUCAGUACCAGUGGUGCUCCGACUCGGACCUCUCUAGCAUCUCCUCUCCAGAAACCCUGUCCCCGGUCACUUCUAUGGAUUCCAGCCUCUCUCCUUCCUACCAGCGGCUGCCACAGUCCGCUCCUAAGGCAGCAAAGACUGGAUAUUCCCAAAAGUCUGAACGUGGCCGGAAGUCAGGCCGAGCCAACCGGAUUCGCAGCAAGCAGAGGGAGAGCGCCAGCGAGAAGGAGAAGCUGAGGAUGAGGGAUCUGACCAAGGCUUUGCAUCACCUCAGGUCCUACCUGCCGCCCUCAGUGGCCCCCGCCGGACAGACUCUGACAAAGAUAGAGACCCUCCGCCUCACCAUCCGCUACAUCUCAUACCUGUCGGCGCAGCUGGGCCUCAGCGAGGAGGUGCUGUUUCAGAGGAGAGAACAAGGAGACACCUCGGCCAGCGACACCUCCUCACCCGACAUCCUCAGCUACUUCCAGCACAGCUCCAUGGGAGGGCAGGAGGCCCAGCUGCAGAGCCAGAGCCUGAACCAGGGCCUGUACCCAGUCCAGUGUCACAGCCAGAACACCAUGCUGCAUUCUGGGAGCUUUGGUUUUGGAAUGGAUCAAUACAUUGGAGCUCCGCAGGGAGACAUGAGCAUGGAUGUCAUCCUGCAGUCACCUCCAGCUACACAGCCCUCCUGUCAGAUGUGUGCCGAGGACUUCUGCAUGCCGUUGGUUCCCAGAGAGUAUUGGGGUUAAACACUCCAACACUGCACCGUCAUCAUCCAACAACAGACACAGAAUACUCCUCUGUUUGUACUGCCUCACUGUGAAACUAGUAAUUU